AUGAAUAGCUUGACUGAGGAAGAAAUCAAAAAACUCAAGAACCAAUUUGAAAUAGAAGAAAGAGUCGUUCAAAUACUAAAAUUUGAAAGUGAUAUCGAAGCUUAUAACAGCAAGUUCAGAAAAACAAGACCGGGUCAAUUUACUCAAGAAGAAAGAAUCAAAUCAUCAAAAGCUAGACAAGAACAUUGGAAUCAACUAGCUACAAGUAUCGCAAAAAAGUGGUUUGGAUUAGACAACAUUAACUUAGACAAUAACAAUAACGACAAUAAUUUGACUGAACAAGAUGGGAGUCCAUUAGGUACUACUGGUGAUAGUAGUGACAUUAUAAAGCUUGCUGAAAUCUUGAAGGAGGUAAUCCUUGCCAAGACAUCCAAGGAAGACGAUUUCGAGUUUUUGGAACGGCCCAAAAGUUACAAUGGUUCAAGGGAUCCCUUCAUUAUUGAAUCUUGGAUCCAGACGCUCGAAGACUUUGCGGAUAUCAAGAAGUUUGAUAAUGAUAAAAUUGCCAAAUUAGGUAUCACUCUUUUGACAGGUGCUGCCAAAGUUUGGUAUCAAAAUCUGCGUUUGCUAAAUUCUGCGCCUACUAAUUGGUUACACUUCAAGACCGAAUUAAGAGCAUUUUUUAAACCGGAUAAUGCUAUCUCGGUUGCUCGGGAUCGCAUGCGCGCCUUACGACAGAAGUCUACCAUUGCUCAAUAUGUUCAAGAAUUCAUGACUAUCAAACUCAGUAUUCCAAGAAUGACAGACGAAGAAGCAGUUGACAAGUUUUUAUCUGGCCUUCGAGAUCCCAACGCUCGAAUUCACAUCAAGGACAGCAUUUACAUGGAAGAGCCUGUUUUAACUGAGGCCAUCCGUGCUGCUCAUAACUAUGAAGGAAAUCGUUUAGAUUCCAGUUCCUCUAUUUCUCGGGGUUUUUCGGUGGAUACUAUGGAUCUUCAGGUGGAUGAUCCAAUGGAUUUGUCGGUGAUGGAGCGCCGUGAAUUAUACAACAUCAUGAAAUCUUGGAACAACUCUAGUGGUCGUGGUGGUUUUGCAAUGGGCGCUCGUGGUGGUUUUGGAGGCGGCAAUCGUAGGGAUUUUAAUGGCCUUCGUGGUGGUCGUGGCAAUACUCGUGGAAGUUACAAUGGCUCUCGGGGUAGUCGUGGCGGCCAACAGCAUCGUGGUGGGCGUGGUGGCCGUGCUCGUAAUGGUGAUCGUGCUAAUGUACAAUGUCACAACUGUGAAGGUUUCGGUCAUUACAUGAGGGAUUGUCCUUCUGAACCUCGACAGCAAUUGAAUUAUGCCGAGGCUGGCAACAUUGAUCAUGGCUUUGAUGGUGCUUCUGAAGACAAUAAAGACUUUGAUUAUUCUGCUUAUUUGUAUUGUGUCUUACCUACCUCUAAGUCGUAUGUUGAACCUCUGGUAAUUGACGAUACUCUAAUCAAGAAGGAUCUGGAAUUUGUGAUGUCUGCUGGUAAAAUUGAUACAAAAUUGCCCCUGUACAAUGGUUGGGUGAAUGGCCAUUUGUGCUCUGUAUUGAUUGAUUCUGGUGCUUCUGCUAAUUAUAUUAGUCCGAAACUGUCCUCCGUGGUUACACAAUCAAGAGCUGUCAAAGGUCAAGCCGUGGAAACUGCUAAUGGCCAUCAAUCUGCUAUCUCAUCUAUUGCCACUUUCUCUUUACAAUUGAGUGAUUAUACGGAUGAUAUGGAAGCUUAUGUAUUUGAUACAAAAUUUGAUCUGAUUUUGGGCAACUCAUGGCUGCGUCAGGUUCAACCUAUUCCUGAUUGGUUCCAUAGUUCAUGGUCAAUUAAGCUUCCCAAUGGUGGUUCUACAUUAAUUAUGCCAAUUCAAACGCAGACGAAGCCCAAAAAUCUACUACACAAUCAAGAGGUGGUUCUGGAAUCUGGUGAUGCUGGCGCUGCUAUGGAUGCUACGUUUGGUGAUGCUGAUACUAAUAAGAUUGGUUCUACUCGUGGUACAGAUAUGGUUGAUGCCGAUGUUAAUUUUGUGGGAUCUAAGGGUAAAUUUAUGGGUUCUGGGGUUGAUGCAGGAGUUGACGGUGAUGUUACUGUUGGAUCUGAGGGUAUUGAUGAUGUUGAUGAUUGUAAUUUUGUGAUUACUGCAAGACAAUUUGAGAGGUUGUUGAGAAAGAAACAAGUGGAGGAGUGUUUUCUGGUCUCCCCAAGGGAAUUGCAUGGUCUUUUGGAUUUGAACAAUGUGGAUGUGGUGUUGACGGAUCAAGACAAGGAGAAUGAAGCCUGGUGUGCUGAGUUUGCUGAAGCCUAUCCUGAUGUUUUCAAGGGAUCAUUGGAUACGUUGCCUCCGGUUCGUCGUACUGAUGGUGAAAUGAUUGAGUUGGAGCCUGGUACCAAGCCUAUUUCUCGGGCACCUUACAGGAUGUCUCCAUUGGAAUUGAAGGAAUUGCGACAACAAUUGGAUGAUUUACUAAGUAAAGGAUUCAUUGAACCAUGUGUGUCGGAAUGGGGUAGUCCUGUACUCUUUGUCAAGAAACCCAAUGGUUCAUUGCGAAUGGUCUGCGAUUAUCGCGCUCUUAAUGCCAAGACGGUGGCUCAACGGGUGCCUUUGCCUCGUAUUGAUGAAUGUUUGGAACAGUUACAUGGUGUCACCUUCAUGAGCUCCAUCGAUCUGACUAGUAGUUUCUGGCAGCAAAGACUAACUCCUUCUGAUUCGCUCAAGAGUGCGAUCAACACCAGGUAUGGUCAAUUUUCUUGGUCGGUCAUGGCGAUGGGAUUAAAAAAUUCGGGUGCAAGAUGGAUGUAUUUGAUGAAUGAUGUCCUGAAGGAAUAUCUUGAUGAUUUCGUGAUUUGCUACAUUGAUGACUGUCUGAUUUAUACAAAGGGUGAUGACAUUGAACUACACAAGAAACAUCUACAUCUAGUAUUCAAGAAGUUACAGGAAGCUGGUCUGGUAGUGUCCAAAGCCAAGUGCAAGUUUAAUCGCAAGGAAAUCACCUUUUUGGGUCAUGAUAUUGUUGCUGGUCAAGGCAUCAAGCCGUCUCAGAAGAAGGUAGAUGCUAUUGCUUCGUGGCCUGCGCCCAAGACUGUGCAUGAUGUGCGUAAAUUUAUGGGUCUCUGCCAAUACUACUCUACGUACAUGCCCAACUUUGCUGCUGUGGCUGCUUGUAUUACUGAUUUGACUAAAGGUGUUGGUCCUAAGAAUCGCAAGAUUGAUUGGUCAGAUGAUUGUCAAAAGGCGUUUGAUACCAUCAAGUCUCUGAUUACUUCUGCUCCUGUGCUGCUAAUGCCUGAUAUGUCUCGUCCGUUCCGCAUUGAGUGUGAUGCUAGUGAUUAUGCUGUGGGUGCUGUCUUGUUGCAACAAGAUCCAAAGUGUGAUGAUGCCUGGAAACCUGUUGCUUUUAUAUCGAAAAAGCUGUCUGAUGCUGAAAGGAACUAUCCAACUCAAGAGCGUGAAUUGCUAGCUAUCUUGUUCGCAUGCAAGACUUGGCGUUGUUUUGUGGAAGGGUCUGGGUAUGAAGUAUUUACGGAUCAUCGUCCUCUGCAGUAUUACAAGUCGUCAAGUAAAGUGUCUCCUCGUUUGGUCCGCUGGAUGCAAGAUCUUGAAAUGUAUCAGCCAUCUUUGGUCUACAAGAAGGGUGUUGAUAAUGUCGUUCCGGAUGCCUUGAGUCGUCGUGAAGGUCCUGAUUGUGAGCCUGAUCCGGUGUCAAUGGAACCUGAAUUCCUAUAUGAAAUGUCUACCACUAUUUUGAACAAAGUGUUACAACCUUCUGAUACUUCGCUGCUCACUGAUCCUUGUCAAGAUUGGCCUAUAUUUUAUAAGAAGAAGCGGGAAGAUUGGCCCGAAAAAUGGCGUGCUCAACUGGAAAAGGAGGAAUCCAAUUUUGAAAUAAUUGAUAAUGUCUUAUAUCGGCUGAACCUUGAGGCUACGGGUAGAGAGGCUUCCAAACUGAAAUUUAUCACUUUUGCUCGUCGUGCUGAUCUGAUUGAAGAUUUUCAUCGUGGUUUUGGCCAUUCGGGUCAAUUAACGGUAUAUCAUUUGAUGAAGCAACGUGUCUGGUGGCCCUCUAUGCGCAAAGAUAUUAAUUAUUGGCUAAAGACUUGUCCUGAAUGUCAACUGCACUCUCGUAACGAGAAAGGUACCCAUCAUGCUCCCAUGAAGCCACUUGAAGUUCCUGCUCCUUUUGCUCGUUGGCACAUUGAUUUCAUUGGUGAACUGCCCACUACUGGUAAUGGUAAUCGCUGGAUUCUGAUGGCUGUAGAUUAUGCUACAAAUUGGCCUAUCGCUCGUGCUCUAAAAUCUGCUUCUGCGGAUGAAAUUGUCAAGUUCAUUUAUGAAGAGAUUGUGAUGAAAUUUGGUUGUCCUGUUGAAGUUGUCAGUGAUCGUGGUGCAAAUUUUCUCAGCAAGAUUCUCAAGCAAUAUAUGCACAAGAUUAGAUCAAAGCACAUGCUUACCUCUGCAUUCCAUCCGCGUACCAACUCAAAGUGUGAAAGAUUGAAUCAAACAUUCAAACACAUGUUAACUAAGUAUGUCAAAGGACUGGUUCACUCUUGGGAUGAAUAUGUGGAUUCAUCACUGUUCUCUUGUCGUAUCCGCAAGCAUGCUACUACUGGAUAUAGUCCUUUUUACCUGGUCUAUGGUCAAGAGCCUGUGUUGCCUGGCGAUUCUCGUCGUCCUUUUAUGGAUCCUUUAACUGAGGAAGACCCUGAAUUGAUUGCUGAAGAUGUUCUUGCUCGCAUUCGUGAUCUCAAGGAAAAGCGAUUUGAGGCCAAGGAACAGAUGAUACUACAGGCUCGCAAGGACAAGGAACGAUGGGAUGCUGCGCUCAAGAGCAACAAGGCCCAAAUUUUUGAGGUGGGGGAUUAUGUCAUGUUGAGGCAUGAAUCCAAGAAGGGUUUGGAGUUCAAUUGGAUGGGUCCAUAUGUAAUUUUGAAAACAAAUUUGGAUUACAACAUCUACCAAAUUCAAGAAAUCGAAGGAAAAGUCUACAACUCCUGGGUUCACACGGAUCGUCUCCAUUCUGUCCAGUAUGAUGGUGCCAAACCCCAAAAAUCUUGGUAUAUUCCUCGUGUUGCUAGAGCAAAAUAG